AUGUCCCAGAAGAACUGCACCACAGUCUUAUUCAAUGUAACCACCAGUUACUCUGAUAAAUACUUCUUCAGGAUUGCAAAUUUGCCUCCCAGUCCCAUCAUUACUGUCUCAGGUGAGGUGAAGGAAGGGACCGCUGUCAGUUUGAACUGCUCUGCUGUCGCUCCCUGUCCCGAACACCCCCCUGAGUUGACAUGGACUCUCCCAACACAGUUCACACCUGAGAACCAACUGCAGGAGAAUCAUGACCAAACCAAAUCAGUUCUCUCCACGGUGACCUUCACUCCGUCGUACCUUCAUCAUGAGAAGAACAUCACUUGUACUGCAGUCUACCCAGUAGGGACUAGCAACAAGAUAGCUGAACAUACCAUGAUGCUUAACGUUUCAUUCUCUCCUAAGGACACCUCAGCCUCCAUCAGUCCAGCUGAUACAGUAUUAGUGGGCAGCUGUGUUAAUCUGACCUGCAGCAGUACAGCCAACCCUCCUGUGACAAACUUCACCUGGUUCCAGAUCAGUGGGGGUAAACCAACACAGGUAGCAUCUGGACAGAGUUACACCCUCACUGUUUGUGAUGGAGGACAGUACUACUGUGAAGCAAGAAAUAGUCACGGCCUUGGGAAGUCAAAGGAAGUGAUGCUGGCUAAUAAAGAGCAAGAAGAGCCUGUUUACCCAAUGGUUUUUGGGAUUGCAGCAGGAACUCUGGGGGUCUUUCUGCUUAUCAGCCUGGUCUGUCAUUUUGGAUGGAGGAGAAACUCUAGGCUCCCCGAUGGACUUGAAAGGACGGACAAUCCACAGGGACAGAACUCCCCGGUUGGGACGGUGUGUGUUAACCAGACCACAGCCGGAGAGAAACCAGAGGAACCUGCAGAAGACCAGCCUGAAGAGAUCCACUAUGGUGACAUAGAGUUCUCCAAACUACGGCCCAAAGAGACCCCAGCUGCAGCCCAGGACAGGAACAGGGUCCAGGGGCAGGAGAGUGAGUACGCUGAAGUCAAUGUGACCAGGAGAGGGCCCCAGGAACCACACCUUAACUACAUAGAUGGGCUUUAUGCACAAGUGAAUAAAAGAGGUGCAUUUUAAGUAUUUGGGGUAUAUACAGUAUGUCUUGUGUGCACUGAGCUCCAACAGUACUGGGACAGUGCCAUUUAUUUAACUUUUUAGAAUCCGUUCUCCAGAACUUUUGAUUUGAAAUGAAACAUUGACUAUGAGGUUAAAAUGCAUACUGCCAGCUUUAAUUCCAGGGUAUUUUAAUCCAAAUCGGGGGAACUGUUUAGAAAUUACAGCACGUUUUGUACAUAGUCCCCCCAUUUUAGGGGACCAAAAGUA